CCUCUCGGGCGUCCUUGACAGCGUUGCUAGGCGACCGCCUCCUAACCCGGAUGUAGGAACUGAAAGUUUCCGGUUUGGGCAGCGAGGUUCCCUGGUCAAAGAUGGCGGCCCCCUUGUCGCUUCAGCUUGAGUUCGGAGGUGGAGCAGAACUCUUGUUCGAUGGCAUAAAGAAGCACCAAGUGACUUUGCCCGUCCAGCCUGCACCUUGGGACGUCAGGAGCCUCCUCGUGUGGAUCAAAGGAAACCUGUUGAAAGAGAGACCGGAACUGUUCAUGCAAGGAGAUUCUGUGCGGCCGGGUAUCUUGGUGCUCAUCAAUGAGGCGGACUGGGAGUUGAUGGGGGAGCUCGACUAUCAACUCCAAGACCAGGAUAACGUGGUUUUCAUCUCUACCUUACACGGCGGUUAGACUUCUGGAAAAGGCACUUUUUACGUCUGGCCGCAGAAUAUGAUUAAUCUCUCUCACGCCGGCUGUCUGCAUUCAAGACGAGGCCAAAUCCGAUCCAGUUUCUUCUUGGAUGCCUCCUUAACCAGCCCUUUGACACUCCGCCGCUCCCGUCCUCCGGUUCUGCUUCUACCGCUUUUUUUUGUCUGGAACAGCGAUUGGAACGUUUCCUGCAUUUGAUUGCUGUUUUCCUUGCAUGGUAGGGAAGACUCGUGCCACUGAACAAAUGACUUUUAAUGAUCUUCUCUGAGCGCUGAACGGCAGCGGCCGAGCUCCAGAGCCCUCUCCGGUUGAGCACGCUGCCGCAGUCGCCCAGACUGUCUCUCCGCCUUGGCAGCAGGAGAGGCGACAGCCGGUUCUUCUCAGAGAGGGGGGAUACCCCUUCCUGCCUCUGAUCCAAGGAGCGUUCAGGCUGCUCUACAGCCAUUACGGAAAGGACUGCAGUUGUCAGUCUUCUCCGCGUCAGCCUAUCCACGCCCGCGAUUUGUCGGCCAGGGAUUCUGAUUACGUGGCUGAGCUAAUAACGCUCUGUUGCAAAGUAGUCGGUCCAGAGCUCUGAAAUUAUGAAUUUGUGGACCGCAGAGAACUCUCUCACCUGCCUUUUUAUCUUCUGAAGGCGUUGCCUUGUCCUGUUUUCUUCCUCCCUAGCGCUGUUUUCUUUUGUUUUUCAUCCUCAGUCACAGAAGCCGGCCGUCUCCAUUGCAAAAGAUUUUGCAGAGACAGUUAGACGCAGAGGGCAGGAAUCAGAUCCUCUGCGAUGCAGAGAGCAGAAGGCUGCCUUAGGAGGUCUGGAUUCGAGUUCUGCCUUUGCUGCAAAUCGAACUGCACUGGUCGCUCCGCAUCUGUGCAGUGGGAUUUGUAACGGCCUGCUUUGCAGGGGGGUUGGGAAGAGCUUCAAUAAAAGAUUGCAAAGUGGUUUGAAAAGGGCUUUGUCCGCAA